AUGAAGAAGCGGUCCGGGAAGCAGUCGGCGUCGUCGCUAGUGGCGAUCCGGUUCGACUUUAAAGUGCAUCUUAUCGAGCUGCGCCCAUGGCUGCGGAUGGGCGCGCCGGCAAUCAUUCAGUGGCAGCGCGGGGACAAGCGCACGGGCUUUUCCAAGCCGGUGCGCGCGCAGCGCGACGAGGGCGGCGCGGACGAGAACGCGUUUAAAGUGGUCAUCGACCAGACAUUCCGGGUCCCCGCCACUCUGUACCGCGAGCGCGGCGGCCCCGGCGCGCCGUACCAGCGCAAGACGGCGGCGUUUUCGAUCCACGAGGCGCAGGCGGACGACUCGGCGCAGCCCAAACCAACAGCGCUGGGGAAGGCGUCGCUCGACCUCUCCGCCUUCGCGGACUGCGCCGGCGUGCUCCCCCACGCGCUCCCCGUGCAAGUCUCCAAGUCUCUAGGCGCAGCGCUGGGCCGCCCCGAGCUACACCUGACGGUGGAGUGCGUGGGGAAGAAGCUGAGUAAAGAAGCCGCCGCGGAGGAGGCGGGCGCGGGGGGGUAUGGCGCGGGGGGCGCGGGCGCGCUGCCGCGGUUCUACCCGACGAAGCUGGAGCCGCUAGAGGACGCGGAGGACACGGCGGGAUCGUCGGGGGACGAGACCUGCUACUCGGACGCCGCUGGGUCCGUGACUGGCGGCGGGGGGAGCCGCCUCGGCCCGCUCUCCGACCAUGGGGGGAGCGAUUCGGAGCACAUGGGCGCAGGCGGUGCGCACGGGACGCACGGCGCGCAUGGGGGGCACGGGGGGAAAGGGUCAGGGAGGGAGCAUACGCGGAAGGACAGUGGGGCGUCGUCAGGGGGGCAUGAGAAUCAGAGCAGCGACACGGAGAUGGUCAGACGGGGGAGUGGCCCGAGGAGAGGGCAUGCGGGAGGAAACGAGGACCAAGGCAGCUCCACGCCAGGCUCGGCAGCAGGCUCGGCGGCAGGUUCGGCAAGUGGUUCGCCAAAGCGAGCGGGAGAGGGGAGUAGGACUUUGAAGGGCGCGCCAGGGAGCGCGAGAGAGGGGAGAGGGGCGGGCAGGAGCGAGAAAGGGAGGGGGAGAGAUCGCAGGCGGUUUUCAGGGGGGGAGAUGGACCUUAGCCUCGCGUUCCAGGCGUCAGCGGGGGGAGCCAGAGCGCAGGGCGCGGGGGGCGGGGGAUUGCCGCCGGUGGGCGGGGUAGGCGCGGGGGAAGCGGGGUUGGGGGGUCUCAUGGCUUCCCUGCCGGUUGGCGGGGGCGUGGAUGGGGCAAUGGAUGACGCAUGGGCGCAGAAUGCGUGGGAGGAGGGGGAAGAGGGGGAGGAUGGUCGAGGGGAAGGUUUGGAGGAGGGGGAGGACGAGGGGGGGCAUGAUGGGUUUGGGGAAGAGGAGGGGGAAGCGGAGAUUGAAGGAGGGUCGUUCGAAGAUCUGAAUGACGCUUUUGGUAACAUGGAUGGUGGUAACAUGGGCGGUGGGGGAAAGGGCAGGGGUGGUGGAGGAGAGGCAGCAGACAUGCAUGACGUGUAUUCACAUGAUAUUUACGUGCAUGACCCACAGGGCACCCAUGGUGAUGAUGGGGAUGAUGGUGGCUUGGAGGACAUGUAUGGGCAUCACGACAUGCAUGAUAUGUACGGGCACCAUGGCAUAGGGAGAGGCAUGGGGAUGGGGAUGGGAAGGGAGGAGCAGGAGGAGGAGGAGGUGAGGGAGGAGGAAUUGGAGGACCUGUCUCUGGCAUACGAGAGGGGCGGGCCGGGGCAGCUGCAUGGGGGUGGCAUGGGGCUGGACGGAGGGAUGGGGACAAGGAAAGGCGGGCGACAGCAGCAGCAGCAGCAGCAGCAGGGAGACGGGGAGGAUUAUUGGGGCGAGGAGCAGGAGGGGGAGCAGGGGGGGAUGCAAGAGGGGUAUGGGCAUGGGCGGGGGUAUCCAGGGGGCGAGGGCUACGGGCAGGGAGAAGAGGACUAUGGGGACGGGGGAUAUGAGGAAGGGGAAAAUGGGGAGGAAGGGGGAUAUGGGCAAGGGCAUGGGCAAGGGCAAGGGCAAGGGCAAGGGCAUGAGCAUGGACAUGGGCAAGGGAAGAAGAGGCAGGGGCGAGGGGGGUAUGAUGAUGCAGAGGGGGAGUAUGUGCAAGUGGAUGAAAGGGAGGGUGAGGAGGGGGAGGGGGAAUACAUGCAAGAUGGUGAUGGAGGUGAUGGGUAUAAUGAUGGCACCGGCAUGAACGGGGGUGAGGGGGAGUAUGACGAGGCGUUUGGGUUCGAGCAGAGGCAGGGCAGCUAUGGCCGUGCGACCGACAGGUACGGGGACCAGCAAGCGGGGUAUGAGGAUGGGUACGCAGAGGAAGCGUAUGGGGACGGGUAUGUGGAGCAUGGCAAUGAGCGCGCCGGGGGGGAGGAGGAGCAGGACGAGCAGCAGCAGGCGGAGGAGGAACAAGAGGAGGAGGAGGAGGAGGACGAGGAAGAAUUCGAGACGCUGCCUCCCCCCCCACCAAAAUCCCCCAGGUUCCGGCAGCGGUCGCUAGACGGUAAAGACCCCGCUGGUGCUGGUGCUGGUGGUGGCAUGAGUCCAUUCGGUGAUGGCCUGCUGUAUGGUCUCACAUCGCCCUCCAGCCCUGCAGGCGACCUCUUCCCCGUCAACCUCAAGAAGCCCAUGCCCUACGUGGGGGGAGCUCUGGGCAUCGAUGCGGUUACCGCGUCGCCGCCCAGAGCAGCCAGCAGCGGCGGUGCUGGGGGGAGUGGGUCCGAGUCCGGUAGUACUGGGGGCGGCGGGGGCGGGAGCGGGGGACGGGGAGGUCCGGGGGUGCUGGGUCAGUCUAAGAGCAUGAAGGUAGUGGGGGAGCGGGCAGGGGAGAGAGAAGAGGAGCGGGGAGGAGGGGACGCGUCGAGUUUGGAGUUUGAGUGGCGGAAGGUGCGGACAGAGAAGAAGCUAGUAGAGGAGGAGAAGCGAGCUCUGCAGACCCUGGGGGACGAGGUGCAGCGGCUGAGAGUGUGGGCUGAGAACGAGCGUGCGCGGCUCAAGAAGGAGCACACACAGAUUGAGAUGGAUAAGAAGCGGUGCAGUGAGUUGGAGAGCCAGAUGGCGGAGUUUUCCGCGUGGUCAGAGGCGGAGGAGGAGAGGAUACGGAGGGAGAGGGAGGAAGCGGAGCAGAUGAAAGGGGCGGCGGAGGCAGCAGAGAGGAGGGUGAGGGAGGAGAGGGAGCGGUUUGAGUGGGAGCAGCAGCGAGUGGCAGAGGAGAAAACGCACCUCGACGAAGCUGCUGCUUCGGUCGCCGAGGCUCUGGCUCGGGCUGCUGAGGCUGAGGAGAGGGCGAGGAGCGCAGAGCGGAAUUUCGGGCGGCUGCCCGGGGAUUUGAGAGACGCAGCAAUGGCUGAUGUGGCAGUGUAUGCAGUACGGCCAGAACACGGGGGAUCCGUGCGACGAGUUCACACUCCCGCGAGGCGAAUAGCGAGGGCUUAUGCAUUCGUGCGGGUUCACGAGGGGGAUGAGAGAGUAGGGGGCGUGGCGAGAGUCGCCGUGACGGCACUUACUCUCGUCUCCAAGUCUGCAGCUGAUGAUGCUGCUAGGCUGCUGUUCUGGUGGUCCAAUACUGUGAUGCUCCGAGAGGCCAUAGCCAGCAUUGCUCCCACUGAAGCCCACUCUGAUGAGCCCCACUCUGCCAAUUCCUCCUCCUCCUCCUUCCCCCUCUCCGACCGAACCUCUUCUGGUUCCGAACCGGAUUCCGAACCUGGUGGAGGUUCUGGGCCUGGGAAAAGGGGUGGGAGAGGAGGGAAGGGGGGAGGAGGAGGGGCAGGGGAAGGGGCGGGUGGGGGGGGGAGGGGGGCGGGAGUCGUGGGGGAGUCCGGGGGCGGUGGUGGCGGCGCUGAGGCGGCUGGAGGAGUGGCAGCAUGA